AUGCAACAGUGUGAUAGUAAAUAUGUCGUAAAGUAUUAUGGGUCGUAUUUCAAGAAUUCUGAUUUGUGGAUUGUCAUGGAGUACUGCGGUGCUGGUUCUGUUUCCGACAUUAUGCGACUAAGGCGCAAAACAUUAACCGAAAGUGAAAUAAGUGCUGUUUUGAGAGAUACGUUAGAAGGACUAAAAUAUCUUCACAAUCUCAAGAAAAUCCACCGAGAUAUCAAAGCUGGCAAUAUCUUACUAAAUACGGAAGGGCAAGCGAAACUGGCCGACUUCGGUGUAGCUGGACAAUUGACGUAUAAGAAAUAA